AUGAAGCCGGCUUCGACCACCACCCUCCUCGCCUGCAUCGCGGCUGUUUCCAGUACUCCUCUCGAGAUGAAGAAGAAGGCCCUCCCCCCAGGCCAUCCGAUCAUCAACGACGGCUUUAUCACCCAGUACAACUACACGCUCAACAACAAUGUGUACCCCACCGGCUUCCAAAUCCCCACCGAGGUCCUCACAAACAUUCCUCAUGGAUAUUCUAUCGGUCCAACCGCCGUUUGGGGUCCUGAUGGUGCCGUGGUGACUGCAUUCCCUUCAGAGGUCCUCGCCUCAGUCGCCGUUCAGGAGACGACCUCGAUCGCUUCACCGACCAGUCUGUCGACCAGCGUCGUGGCCUCGACGCCCGCGGCGUCCACCUCUGCAUCCGCAAGUGCUGCCUUCCGAGCGGAGGCCCCCGCCGCUGUUUUGGCCGCUGCCGUCGUUGUCGCGUUCAGCCUGCUUUGA